AAAAGUUCACAUCAAGACUUUUACACUACAACAUUUUGAUAAAAGUUAAAGUCAAUUUCCAGCUCUAGAUUGUAUAAAAGUUGGAUUGCAAUUUAACGUUAACUUUUAUAAUUGGAUGGCUAUCAGGGUGAUCAUGGGACUAUUUUAUAUAAAUAUAUAUAUUUACACGUAGUAGGAAAUGGAAGUUAGUCGAUAGUUUACAUCGAGCCAACUACAAUCUAUAACCACUGCCAGUUAACAAUUGGAUUUACCAGAGUGUUCAUCAUUAUUUGUAUUGAAGUUUUAUAUUAGUUGUUACUGCUAUUCAAUAAGCCGUUUAUUUCAGUUAUUAAUAACUUGUCCGAGGUAGUCACUCGGCUGGAACUUAAGCUAAAAAUUUACUGUAUUAUUAUUAUAAAUAAAAGGCAUGGGUUUGCUAACCGAAGGUCAUCCUAUUAGUUGGGAAGAAACAAAAAAACUUUCUAAACACGUGAGAAAACAUGGAAUAAUUCAGUUUAUAAAUUUGUAUAAAAAAUUGAGAGACCGAGAGGGUGAUGUACUUAAGUGGGGUGAUGAGGUCGAGUAUAUGCUGGUGAAGCUAAAUCAUGAAAAGAAAACGGCUAAAUUGAGCCUGAGGUCGUAUGAGCUCAUGCUAAAACUCAAUGAAAAGGAGCAGGCUGAUCCUAGCGCGGUAAAAUGCUUGUGGAGACCGGAAUUCGGAGCUUAUAUGAUUGAAGGGACUCCAGGACAGCCGUAUGGAGGCUUAAUGGCUCAUUUUAAUAUUGUUGAGGCUAAUAUGAAACACCGAAGACUGGAAGCUGAGGAACAAUUAAAGUCUGAAGAAAUAUUAAUGACUUUUACUAAUUUUUUGAGACUAGGCAGUCCUGACUCAACAGAACCACCAGCAAACCCAACACCAGACACUGGAUAUCAAAGAAGUUUAUUUCUUUCCGAUGAAGUUGUAUUUCCAGGUCAUCCCCGUUUCAAGACACUUGCUACAAAUAUUAGACAACGUCGGGGUGAAAAAGUAAUCAUAAAUGUUCCCAUUUACAAAGAUGAAAACACUCCAAAGCCCUUCCGCGAAGAUUUAUCAGCUUUAGGCGACGACGGAAGCAGCGCUAAAGUCGCUAAAGACGACCACAUCUACAUGGACGCUAUGGUCUUCGGAAUGGGCUGCUGCUGCUUGCAAGUGACCUUCCAAGCAAGUAACAUCCGGGAAGCUAGGACUUUAUACGACCAGUUGACGCCUUUGUGUCCUAUAAUGUUGGCUCUUACUGCUGCCAGUCCGGUCUACCGAGGGUACCUUGCCGACAUCGACAGCCGGUGGUUUGUUGUCUCCAACUCAGUGGAUUGUCGGACCAGAGGUGAACGCGGACUUGAACCACUCAAAGGCGAAGAGUUUAUCAUCAAGACCUCGCGAUACGGUUCGGUCGAGUCUUACCUCAGCGAGCAGGGAGACAAGUACAAUGAUACCCCGUUGCUCUAUGAUAAAGAGGUCUACAACCAGCUGAUUGAUAAUGGAAUUGAUCAUCUUUUGGCUCAGCACGUUGCUCAUUUAUUUAUUCGGGAUUGUGUUUGUCUUAUGUCUACGCAGUUGGAUCAAAAUGAUGAAACAGACACUGAUCAUUUUGAGAACUUACAAUCAACAAAUUGGCGUUCAAUGCGUUUCAAGCCUCCACCACCAAACUCAUCAAUCGGAUGGCGAGUAGAAUUCCGACCUUGCGACGUCCAAAUGACUGAUUUUGAGAACGCAGCGGUAGUCUGUUUCAUCGUGUUGCUGUCACGAGUAAUUCUCAGCUACAAUCUCAAUUUACUGAUACCCAUAAGCAAAGUAAUCGAGAACAUGACACGAGGAGAGAAGCGAGACGCAGUAAACAAAGAAAAAUUCUGGUUCCGGAAAGAUAUCACUUCGACAGGCGAGAAAGAUAACGCCUUAGAGACUGACCAGUACGGGGAGUUCACUGUUAAUGAAAUAAUAAACGGCAAGGACGGAGUGUUUGUCGGGCUGAUUCCGCUUAUCAACAGCUACUUGAACAACAUGAACGUCGACGCAGACACUCACUGCACUAUCCAGCGCUAUCUCAAGCUGAUUAGGAAACGCUCCUCUGGUGAGCUGAUGACUACUGCAGCCUGGAUUAGGAAGGAGGUCAUCAAUCAUCCAGAGUACAAAAAAGACUCCGUGGUCAACGAAGCUAUGACUUACGAUAUUAUCAAGAAUGCUUACGAGAUCCAGAAGGGAGUCAGAUCUUGCCCGGAGUUACUGGGCUUCUGCACUACUUCGAAAACUACCGAAACUAUUCCAGCGGCUAUUGCCAUCGCUGAGAAAUGUCACUUGGUCAAUUAAUUCAUUCGGUUUUUUUUUUUUUUUU